UGUGAGUGCGUGCAGGGUGUCUGUGUGAUAUCGCAGACGUCACAGCCUGCCGUUGGUCCAGUUCACUUCAGAUCUGAUGAGCCUUUGGUCCUCUUUAGGGGUAAACUAAACUGAGUCCGGAACCGAAGAGUUGGCCCCGGGACCUCCCAGCGCUCACUCUGACCCGGGACACUUUUUAUUUGGACUUAACCCAAAAUAACCCGCACAAACAGCCGGGGCGGAGGGAGGGAGAGCCGCCGUUAACGUAACCUCUGUGACGUCGGUCCGCCCGGGCUGCUGCUCCGCUGGCUUUACUACCACGCCGUUUGUCUGGAGGCUCCUUAUUGCUGUUUACGGAGUGAUCGAUCGAUCUGAUCGGAGCCUGAUCGCAGGAUACAUCGGUGUGUGAGGAUGGAGAGGAAGAGGACGGACUGUCCCGCACUGCCGCCCGGCUGGAAGAAAGAAGAAGUGAUCAGGAAGUCCGGACUGAGCGCUGGGAAGAGCGACGUCUACUACUACAGUCCCUCAGGGAAGAAGUUCAGGAGUAAGCCUCAGUUGUCCCGUUACCUUGGAAACAAAGUAGAUCUGGGAUGUUUCGACUUCCGGACAGGGAAGAUGAUGCCUGGAAAGCUGCAGAAGAGCAAACAAAGACUGCGACAUGACCAGCUCAGCUUGGCUAAGGGAGGGAAACCAGACCUGAACACAGCACUGCCAAUCAGACAGACGGCGUCCAUCUUUAAACAGCCUGUUACCAAGGUUACAAAUCAUCCCGGCAACAAGGUGAAGACAGACCUGCAGCGAGCGAGCGAGCAGCCCAGACAGCUGUUCUGGGAGCGGAGAUUGAAAGGUCUGCGGUCAUCAGACGUCACAGAGGAAGUCCUGCGCACUAUGGACCUGCCUAAAGGCCUGCAGAGUGUGGGUCCAGACUCCAGCGAUGACACUCUGCUGUCGGCCAUCGCCAGCGCUCUGCACAUGACGUCUGCUCCAAUAACGGGACAGACGUCUGUGGCUGCAGAGAAGAAUCCGGCCAUCUGGCUCAACACGUCUCAGCCGCUGUGCAAGGCCUUCACCGUCACCGACGAACACAUCCGGGAGCAGGAGCUGAAAGUGUACCAGGCCAGGAGAAGUCUGGAGGAGGCGCUGAUGGCUGAUGGUUUGGCGCGGGCCGCCGAAAACACCCGAGAGCUGCUGGAGGGGAAGACGGCCUGAAGACAGACAGUUCCUCCCUUCAUCAGCCUCAGGUUUACUAUCGUUUUUCCCUCUUAAUCCAGACAGCAAACCAAAAACCGACCGCCCACAGACCGACACUCACCCGCACUGAUCCUUUUGUCUCAGUGGGCGAUUACUUCAACCUUCACCCGUUAAGGAAACCGUUUUCAGGAUGACAUCACACCGGACUUCUGUCAGCAUCUGGAGAUUUUCCAGAGCAACAGCAGCAAUAAUGGGAGCAAAAAAAAAAAAAAAAUCAGCCAUGACAAAAACACCAGCAACAAACAACUGCAACAACAAAAAACUGCAACAGAAGAACACCAGCAGCAGCAAUACGUUGAGAAUCCUCCAGCUCAAAGCAGCGACCGAAGCCUUUAAUCCUCUCAGUGAUUCAUCAUCUGCACACACUUUACAGCCAGCGCUUAUCUUCUCACACUUUUCAAAUCCAGAUAUUUCUUUCUUUUUGAUAUGAAGCCGCUAAAGAUAUAAAAUAAAAAACUAUAUAUACUGAAGAGCAACGCCCUCAUGGAAUCCAAAGUCAGACUGCAAACUGCUGGACGGCUUUUGCUAACUCUACUAACUCUCGUUGUGCUCUUUGAUGAUUUUUGGCUGUUUGUGGUGUCAGAAGCGUCGUCAGUUUUUAAAGAAGUCUUCAGGGGUUUUAAUGAAAUGAUAAGAAUUUACAUGAAUAUGACAUAGAACAAUUGCUUAUUUAAGACAAAUUUUAUACCUUCAGAGAACAUGUGUGUACAUUUCUUGGACUGGAGUAAAUAAAUGAUUAUAUUCACAA